AUACAAACCCAAUUCAAAAGAACAAACAACAAACAAAACAAAAAAAAAACUCAAUACUCUUUGUCUUUCUUCCUUUUUUUUCUUUUCUUUUCCUUUCCUUUCCUGUGAAUACAACAAAAAAGGAGAAACCUUUCCUCUCUCCUGCAAUUACCAGCACAAGGAGGGAAGAACAACGAGAUACUCUCUCUCUCCAAUUUACAGCCUCGACGACAAACGGUUACUUUCCUUUUGCCCCCUUGACCAUAAACUUUGGAAAAUUGAAGAGAAACAGAUCAGAUUAGACACAUAGAGAGAUAGAGCAGGCUCCUCUGACAAAACUCGGAUGGAUUUUGGAGCUUUUCUUCUGUCCUUAGGGACAUCCGCACUAAUCUUCGUCGUCCUCAUGCUUCUCUUCGCUUGGCUUUCCCGGAGACCCGGUAACGUUCCGAUUUAUUACUCGAAUCGGAUCCUUAAAGGGAUGGAACCAUGGGAAGGCACCUCCUUGACCCGGAACCCAUUUGCUUGGAUCCGUGAAGCUUUUACUUCCUCCGAACAAGAUGUCGUUAAUAUAUCCGGCGUCGACACUGCCGUCUACUUCGUCUUCUUGAGCACUGUUCUGGGGAUAUUUGCAUUGUCCAGUGUUCUUAUCUUACCGACUCUACUCCCAUUAGCCGCUACAGACGACAGUCUAAAGAGCAAAUCAAGAAACGCCACAGAAACCGUAAGCAAAGUAACUUUUAGCCAACUUGAUAAUCUAUCAAUGGCUAACAUCACAAAAAGGAGUCCGAGGCUGUGGGCGUUCCUAGGAGCGGUUUACUGGGUAUCUCUGGUCACGUAUUUCAUGUUGUGGAAAGCUUACAAGCAUGUCUCCAGAUUGAGAGCUCAAGCUCUGAUGUCUGCUGAUGUAAUCCCCGAGCAAUUCGCUAUUCUUGUUAGGGAUAUACCUUCCCCACCUAACGGGCAGACGCAGAAAGAGUUCAUCGAUUCUUAUUUCAGACGAAUAUACCCCGAGACAUUCUACAGAUCGCUUGUCGUUACAGAAAACAGCAAGGUUAAUAAGAUAUGGGGAAACUUGGAAGGUUACAAGAAGAAGCUUGCGCGUGCAGAAGCCGUAUUUGAAGAGACUAAGAACCGACCAACGAACAAAACCGGCUUUUGUGGUCUAGUCGGAAAACAAGUAGACAGCAUUGAGUAUUACACCGAGCUAAUCAACGAAUCUGUAGGCAAACUAGAAGCAGAGCAGAAAUCGGUUCUUGCUGAGAAGCAGCAAACCGCAGCGAUUGUUUUCUUCAACGACCGAGUUGUUGCCGCUUUAGCCGCUCAGUCUCUACACAGCCAGAUGGUCGAUAAGUGGACAGUGACUGAAGCUCCUGAGCCUCGCCAGCUCAUCUGGAAGAAUCUCAAGAUCAAGCUUUUCAGUAGAAUAGUCAGGCAAUACUUCAUCUACUUCUUCGUUGCGCUAACCAUUCUGUUCUACAUGAUCCCGAUCACGUUCAUCUCUGCAAUCACUACCCUUGCGAAUCUCCAGAAGGCUGUUCCUUUCAUAAAGCCGAUUGUGAAGAUAACCUUCAUAAGAACCAUCCUUGAGUCUUACCUUCCUCAGAUCGCGCUUCUCGUUUUCUUGGCGAUAUUGCCUAAGUUUCUCUUGUUCCUCUCCAAAGCCGAGGGGAUUCCUUCGGUGAGCCACGCCAUCAGAGCUGCCUCGGGCAAGUACUUUUACUUCUCGGUCUUGAAUGUCUUCCUCGGUGUAACCUUAGCUGGGAGUUUGUUCGACAAUUUGAAGGCUCUCGAGAAGAAACCAAACUCCAUCGUAACCGUUCUUGCUACUAGUCUCCCCAAGAACGCGACUUUCUUCUUGACCUAUGUUGCGCUCAAGUUCUUUGUUGGUUAUGGCCUCGAGCUGUCUCGGAUCAUACCUUUGAUAAUAUUCCAUCUGAAAAAGAAGUAUCUCUGCAAAACCGAAGCAGAGGUCAAGGAAGCUUGGUACCCAGGAGACUUAAGCUAUGGAACUAGGGUUCCCGGAGACAUGCUCAUCCUCACAAUCACCUUCUGCUAUUCCGUAAUCGCUCCUGUAAUCCUUGUAUUCGCCGUCAUCUACUUCGGUUUAGGGUGGCUCAUCCUCAGGAAUCAGGCGUUGAAAGUGUACGUUCCAUCAUACGAGAGCUACGGAAGGAUGUGGCCGCAUAUUCACACUCGCAUACUAGCGGCAUUGUUUCUGUUCCAAGUGCUUAUGUUUGGUUUCUUGGGAGUCAAGGAAUUCAUUUGGGCGAUCCUCGUGGUUCCUCUCAUCGCCAUCUCUCUCGUUUUCGGAUACGUGUGUCGCCAGAAAUUCUACAAAGGGUUCCAACACACAGCUGUCGAGGUGGCUUGCCGUGAGCUGAAGCAGAGUCCUGACCUGGAGGAGAUUUUCAGAUCGUAUAUUCCGCAUAGCUUGAGCUCUCACAAACCGGAAGAUCACCAGUUUAAAGGCGCCAUGUCUCGUUAUCAAGACUAUGCUGCAAUUUCAGCCGCUUAAGAUUUGAAUUCCAGUCAAUUUCCAAUUAUCUCAUAGGUUUGUUUUGUUGGUUUUUUUAGAAGCUUUUUUUAUUGAGUUGUGUGUGAUUUUAGGGUUUGUUUAGGAUCUUCAUUGUAUGUGUUCUUUGGUUGUUGUAACUUCGUAAGCUACUUUUAAAACAUCAGCUUGAUCUGUCUUCAUCAUUGUUCUAAUCAAAAUCCAUGAAGACAACAAAAAAAGAUGUUUCCCAGGA